GUUGAGUGUUAUCGAAUUGGAAAAGGCUGUUAUACGCUGGUUGAUGAUCUGCUUUUUGACGAUUCAGAAGAUGCUGGUUACUCGCUAAAUUUCUAUGCAGACAGAGUUUCACCGAUUGAUAACAGUGCCGCUUUGGUGAUCUGUCAUCCGGAUGUAUGUCCAUUUCUCAAAUAUGUGAACAGUGCAGCAGAAGGUCAAUAUUAUUACGUUGUAACUUUCUCACUGAUUGGAUUGCACACGGAAGAAUUCGAUGAUGAUGAUGAUGAUGACGAGGAGGUGGAGGAGGUGGAGGGCGAGGAGGAAGAGGUGGAUGAUGAGGAGGGAGGUGGGGAUGAGGAAAAUGAGGAUGAUGAUAAUUCCAGCGAUGUUGUUGUUGUUGAAGAAAAAGAAACUUGA